GGUGACAAUCUCGUUUCUUCUUCUUCUCCGCCGUGACACGCACACGGCGAAGCGGAGGCAGCCGCCGCCGGCGACCAUCUCGCGUCGCUCCUCCGGCCAUCUCUUCAGUUCCUCCACUCCCCGAAGCUUCCGCCCGCGCGAUCCACCGAAUGCGGCCGGCGGAGGAGGUGGCGAGGGCGGCGGCGCUGGCCGGCCCGCUCGGCGAGCUCCUCCCGCCGGUGGACUUCUGCUGCGCGUACGGCUCCACGCUCCUCCACGCCCGCCCCGACGCGUCCUCCAUGGUCGACUACAUCCUCGGCGUCCCCGACCCGCUCCAGUGGCACUCCGAGAAUUUGGAGAGGAACCCUGGUCACUACUCCGGAUGGAUGGCUCGCCUCGGCCCCGGCGCUAUUACUCGACUUGCGGAUAACAUCGGCGUUGGGGUGUACUUCAAUCCAUUUGUUGAGUGGAGGGACAAGAGGAUAAAGUACGGGGUGGUGAGGAUGAAGGACCUGGCCAUGGAUGUCUUGACCUGGGACCGGUUCUACCUCAGCGGCCGACUACAGAAACCUGUUCAUGUUCUUGUUGAUCAUUGGGAUGUAAGGAAGAUUAACACAAUUAAUCUGAAAAUGGCAACAUCAGCUUCUCUACUCCUUUUGCCAGCAGAAUUCACUGAGUAUGACCUGUACGCCCAAAUUUGCAGCCUAUCAUAUAUGGGUGAUUUAAGAAUGCUCUUUGCCGAAGACAAAAACAAGGUCAAGAAAAUUGUUGAGGGUAGUUUCCCAUCAUUUCAAUCGAUGUACAGACCCCUGAUACAAGAGUACAUUGCUGAAGGACUACUGAAGACAUCAUCUUAUGGACAACAAAAGGCUUUCCAUCAGGAUUGUGGUGCAUCUGCAACAAACGAACUGUUCUCUUAUCUCCCAUGGACAAUCCAAAGGCGAACGCAAGGAAGAUUUGCAUCGAAUUGCAAAGAAAUGCCAACUGGUGCCGCAGUUUCUUCAAAAAAUGUAGCAGCAACCUGUGUCCGCAAGGCUUUGAGGCGCCGGGUAAUGGUCUCAAGUGCACGUCAAGCGGUGUCUGGACUGCUUGCCUCUGGUGGCACUGUUGCUGCUAGAUAUCUGGGGAAGAAGAUAUCCAAAGCCUGGAAAUCAAGAACAGUUUAAGUUGUUGCUGACACCUGAUGCUUUAUAUACACCUUUGUUAGUUACGGAUUUAGGGUAGGUUUUGCUCUUAGAUCAUCAGGAUACAUAGUCUUGAGAGAUACUUGCUAUUUCAGACAUUUUAUUCUUUACAUGAAUACACUUGCAUGGUUUUGUUCUAUGAUUUUAUUAGAGAUAUAUGGUCCAACAAUUGACCUAUGAAUAAGUUCAGACAUGAGAACUCUGAUAAAAUGAUUUUUUUUCCAGCAUUGUAACUUGAGUUGAUUUGUAUUGCUAGAGCUCAUUUAUUACGUUUCAUGUACUACCCUUUUACUUGUCAUAAUUUACUUACUGAUUAUAUUGUUGGCAUGACUCGUGCAUGAAUUGUCAUGUUCAUCAGCAAAUCAAUUCUUGGAACACAAAUGUCUAUUGAAGAGAAAAUGCGAUUAAAGCAGGACCUGAACUCUCUGGGAAUGGAUGAUAUAUCUUCGUUUAUGGAGUCGUUGCCUCCUGACUUUCUCACCAUACUUCGAACAGAUGGACUAUUGAGGUCAAUUUUAGGUAAUCUAGGUGCACCACGUCAUGUGCGACUUCUUACCUAUGCAAAAUGCGCUUUGUAUGGCCUUGAAGAACAGCCCAAAUUGCAGUCAGGCUCAAUCAAGCGUACGUUCUUGCAAGUCAAAAUAAACAUUAGCUAUCUUCGUCUGAGGAUACUUAUCGAAUUAGCAGGGUUUUUAAUGCAAAUUAAUGAUCUUAGGCAUAAGAUCAUGAGCAGAUUCAGACGUAUGAUCCAGAACACUAGCUGAGCUUUCUCUUCUGAUGUUACAGACCUCUUAACUCUUAAGUAAUGUUCAAGUCGACCGAACAGGACAGGAAAGAGCCCAUCGAUACUUAAGCAUUUCUAGAGUAUAGUUUUAGCAUCAAUCAAACUGUACAAUUAAAACUUAGAACCUGGGAUCCUGAUGCUGAUGAAUUGUAAUCACACCUCAAUUAUAUGUAAACACAAAAUUUGGGCUCCGACUAAUACUGAUUUGCUAUGAAUGAAGUCUUCGGUUUCAUGACAAA